GCAAAACGUUUCUUAUUUCACACACGCUCCUCUCUCUCUCUUCUCGAGUCCCUUAAAUUCACACAUACCCUCAUCUCUUCUUCCUAGUUCUUCUCUCUCUAUCUCUCUCUCAAUCAAUCAACUCGAAGGAGCAUGAAUUCUGAUCCACAACCCAGAACGGCGUCGUUCUGGUGCUACAGCUGCACCCGUUUCGUUCAACUGUUGGGGCACGACAACAUCCUAUGCCCCCACUGCGAAAGCGGUUUUGUUGAAGAGAUCCACGCUGAGUCUGAACCCUCACACCACCACCGUCUCAGUCCCUUCCCCGAUGGCCCCAUCUCAACGAGGCAAGGGUUCCGCCGCAGACGCCGCGACGCCGGCAACCGCUCCCCUUUUAACCCCGUCAUCGUGCUCCGCGGACCAGGGGACGACGCCGCCGCCGAUCAAGACGGAUCAAGCACCUUCGAAUUGUACUACGACGACGGCGAUGGAUCUGGCCUCCGUCCUCUGCCGCCGACCAUGUCGGAGUUCCUGUUAGGGUCCGGGUUCGAUCGGUUGCUUGAGCAGUUUACGCAGAUCGAGGUGAAUGGUUUUGGACGUCCGGAGAAUCCGCCGGCGUCUAAGGCGGCGAUCGAGGCGAUGCCGACGGUUGAGAUCGGUGAGGCACACGUGGGUACAGACGCGCACUGUGCCGUUUGUAAAGAAGCGUUUGAGCUGGGCGCGGAGGCGCGUGAGUUACCCUGCAAGCACGUUUAUCAUUCGGAUUGCAUUCUUCCAUGGCUUUCGAUGCGGAACUCGUGCCCGGUGUGCCGCCACGAAUUGCCUUCGGAUCUUAACCCUUUGGGAAACAGUGUAUCGGGGCAAAUCGAUGAGGAAGCAAUCGGUUUGACGAUAUGGAGGUUGCCCGGCGGGGGAUUCGCCGUUGGAAGAUUUUCCGGUGGCCGGAGAGCCGGCGAGAGCCAUUUGCCGGUUGUGUACACGGAGAUGGAUGGUGGGCUCAAUACAAACGGUGCUCCCAGAAGAUUUUCUAGGACUGUGAGAAGCAAUAGGGUUAGGGAAAGUCGUGGAUUUGGCAGAGUUGUUCGCAAUUUCUUUUCAUUCUUUGGAAGAUUUGGUUCUAGGUCAUCUUCAUCUUCGAAUUCUGGUUCUGAGCAUGUGUCUGUGAGUAGAAGCCGUAGCCUAGUGAGUUCAGUAUUCAGUAGAAACUCUCGGAGACGUAGCAGGGCUUCGAUCUUGGAUUAUUGAUUGGGCAUGGCAUGGCAUGGCAUAGCAAUUUUGCAAAAUAAUUCAUAUUUUUCACUUUCGGUUAAGAGAUUCUUACUGUAAAUAGCAUGUAACUAGCAACUCUAGUUUUCCCCUCUCUCUAUUGGGGACUCUUGCUGUUCGAUUCAAAUCAAUAGAAGCUACGUUUUGCUUCUUCUUUUAAGAAUGGUCGCUGAAGGGUGCAAUUUUGCUCUUUGAGAACUGGAGGAAAGAUUUUUGUUGCUGGGGAACAAGAACAAACAUAUGCUUUUGCAUUUUCUAGUUUGCACUAGCAGUGGCUGUGGACUUGGACAUAAUUUGGGAAAGAAGAAUGAUGCUUAAUUGUUUGAUUUUCUUAUAUCCAGUUAUUUCUUUGGUGAGAAUUCUUUCAAUAUUAUGUUUUUGGAGAUGCUCUCUCUCAACUUGCAAUGUGUUCUAGACGAACAGUAGUCUGGAUUCUGUGUAGUUAAUAUCUCUGUUCUUAGGCACCUAUCCUUGAUAUAUAUAGCUGGCGUUUAGGUAGAUUGAUACUAUCAUAGAAUCGUGGUAGGCCCAGCUUUGACUCCAUUACUUGGGCUAACCCCUGAGUAACCAACUAACCAGACGGGUAAGGGUCCUUCAGGGUUCCGUCGACCGUUUUCCUUGGCUGGUGAUACCCAAUGUAUGAACCCGGAACACAAUGUAAAGUUUUGACAUUAUGCUGAUGAUAGUAUGAUACUCAAGUCACUUUUCCUGAAUUUCUUUUCCUUGUGUAAUCCAUUGAAAUUGGUUUGUUAUGUUGCAUACGAAAUGCAAUUUUAUUCUAGCUGGGUAAUCAUGAAUCGUUUAAAAAUUUGUAAUUUUUCAAAUUAUUUAUGCCCUAUUUCGGGGCUUUCAUUCUAUUCUUGAGCUUAGCUGCUGGUUUAAUGAUGAUUUGUUGUUGAGAUUAUGGUCAUGUUGGCUUGAUAGAGCUGCCUGUAUCCUGCAUAUGAUGAAUUCCUUUAUUUUUUUUGUCCCCUAGCAACUUAAUUAGGGACUUGGUUCUCAAAAGAUAAAGGCUAUUUUUCUCUAUUCUUAUCUAUUUAUCUCUUCACUCUUUUGGUUCUGAUGGUUGUGCUCAAUCCCUGUAGCUCUGAUAAUUCUCCUUGACGGUGCCGUGGAUUCCUUAAAAGUUUCACUUCUUUGCGUUAGUUGCUGUGUUUUUUCAACUGUUAGACAUUGUUAGAAAAUUCCCCGAAGUUUUCGAUUCAACGAUUUUAUUGGUUGUCUGAAUCCAGAAACUUUCUCGCACUUCAAAUUGGGAAUGCGAUUCUAAACUUUGGCACGUCAAGUUAACAACUAAUAUUAAAGUUUUUGCUGCCACUGUAGUUUGCCAAUUUCCUUUUUGGCUAGCGCAAUUCGCAACUUUUGACCUUGAAAGCAAUGGUCUUUUCAUCUUUGAAUUUAGGAAGAUGAGUUGGACAUGCCGAUGAAACUCUUUCCGGAACAAUACUCUAAAGC